AUGACUCACUCUGAUGAAGUUAAAAUCAUGCUCCUUGGAAAAGGAGGAGAUGGUAAAAGCAAUACUGGGAACACCAUUUUCAGAGAAAAAAUAUUUACUGUUGUAUCCUCAGCCAGCUCUACAUCAGCUGCAUGUGAGGUUGGAACAAAGAUUGUCAAUGGUAAAACACUCACUGUCAUUGACACACCUGGACUUUUUGGCUCUAAUCUUCCUGAUGACAGACUGAAACAAGUCAUACAGAAUCGUAUCACUGAGUCUAGCUCAGGAAUUCAUGCCUUCAUCAUUGUGCUUAGAGUGGGCACAUACACUGAUCAAGAAGCCAACAUUAUUGAGAAAGUUAUGGAGAUGUUUGGAAAGGAUAUUCUUCAGUUUACAGUUGUUCUUUUUACUCAUGGUGAUCAACUUGAUGAUGACCAGACCAUUGAGGAUUUUGUGGAAAAGAAUUCAGUCCUUAAGGAGCUUGUGAAGAAGUGUGGGGGUCGCUGUCAUGUUCUUGAUAAUAAGUACUGGAAUCAGAAGAAGGAGGGGUACAGGAGUAACAGAGUUCAGGUAGAGAGACUGCUGAACACCAUAGACAGGAUGGUGAGAGAGAAUGGAGGAGCAUGCUACAUAAAAGAUAUGUUGCCAACAGAGGAAGAAAGACAAGAGGAAAAAGAGAACUUCAGAAACAGAUUAGGACCACUAUUAAGGAGAACUGUGUUACCAGUUUUAAAAGGGUUGUGGGAUAUUCUUCAGUGGAUUUUGAGGUUGCUUUCUGGUAUAUGGAGGCCCUGA